GGCAAUCGGAGAUUGGGCGGCAUGGCAGCAGAGAUCUUGCUCCCUGGAUGAAGGCCUGCCCAGACUACUGCUGCUGAUGCCAUGAGCCCGAUCUAUCGGCUAGCUUAUAAUUGCAUAAUGCAACCGAUUCAACCAGACAAAAGGAGGCAAGUAAACAUGGACAAGCUGAAUAUUACAGAUUAAACUGAGGCAACAAACUUCUGGUGGGAUGUUAAUUGCAUUGAUUCCGUCUGAAAGGAUUUAUCUAUUUCGUACCCACCAUUAGGUAGGAACAACCAAGCAGAGUACAUCAGCAGGAAUGUAUGAUGUGCCGGCGCAAAGUCCACGGAUGAAUAUUAUUUCUACAAAAAUACACACUUAAAGGUUCCAUGAUUUCAUCAAGUGAGAAAACAAUAUGCCACCAACCAUUGAAAAAACCACCAAACAGAUCAAAAACAGCUAGGAUUUAAGGAUAAGGCGUAACAAACUAUAGAAUUCCAUCAUAUGCCUCUGGUUGGUUGCGAGGGUUGACCAGCAUAUAUUGGUUGUGAGGGUUGACCAGCAUAUAUCUAUAUACACACAUCAGGACAUGGAAAUCCUCCACAAAUGGAGCAAUCCAAGCUUCUCCAUUAACCAUCGGGAUUCAAGAUGGCAACGAGUGAUUUGUGCUUGAAUGUCCCUGAUGCAACGUUUUGGUUGAGCCUCCAGUCCUAGCCAAACCCCAGGUGAGAACAGUUAACAUCUCUUCGGGCUCACAGGUUAUCAGAUUUUUCUAUACUCGGUAUUUUUACUACUGGUAUAUAUAACAUGGAUCUGCCAGAAAAUAAGUUACGAGGAUACAUCCAGGAUAAUGGCAAACCAAUGUGGACAGCACAUAACAAUCACAAUAUGAGGUACUUCAAAGAAGACGAGAUAAAAAUAAUCACUAAUAACUACAACACUCUCCUUGGGAAAGGAGCAUUUGGAGAAGUUUAUAAAGGGGUUCUUGAUGAUAGCAGUCCAGUUGCUGUAAAGAGGUAUAUCCAUAAUGUAAAAGAGAACUUUGCUAAAGAAGUGAUUGUCCAUUGCGAAAUAAAUCACCGGAAUGUAGUUAGGCUCAUUGGUUGCUGCAUAGGUGAAAAGGAACUAAUGAUGGUGACUGAAUAUAUCUCCAGAGGAAACCUCAGCGAUAUUCUUCACUGCAGUGAAACUUCCAUCUCUUUGGAAACAAGAUUGGGCAUUGCUAUAGGGUGUGCAGAAGCAUUAAGCUACAUGCAUUCACAAAUGUAUGGCCAAGUCAUCCAUGGAGACAUUAAGCCUGCCAACAUACUUCUCGAUGAAAAUCUUAACGCAAAAAUAUCAGACUUUGGGAUAUCAAAGUUACUUUCAACCGAUAAUACCUUAUACACUACUCAUGUAAUAGGGAGUAUAGGGUAUAUGGAUCCUUUGUUUGCUCGAAGCGGACGUCUCACCUCGAAGAGUGAUGUUUAUAGUUUUGGAGUUGUUCUCUUGGAACUCAUUACUAGAAGAAAGGCUGUCGAUGAAGGUAAAAUUAGCCUCACUGAAAACUUUACUCAAGCUCUAGCAAAAAGAAAGAAGAUACGCGACUUUUAUGAUGUGAAAGUUUCACAUGACAACAAUUUGAGGAUUCUUGAUGGGAUUGCGAAAGUAGCAGCAAAAUGCUUAGCAAUGGACAUAGAGAAACGUCCAGAAAUGAAAGAUGUUGCAGAACACCUUCGGAAGCUUAGAAAGGCUCAGUAUGAGUCACGAGAAAACAUAGCUUUGUUUGGCUGGGUAUGGAGAAGCAAACAAGCACCGCAAAAUAUGGUUCCUACAGACAAAAUGGAUCAAGUUCUCAUUGAAGAGGUACAAGCACAGAAAGCUGGUGAAGUAGAUAUAAAUGUGCACAAUAUCACAGCAAUGAGAGAAGGGAGCCCAAGGUAUCACAGCUUUAGUUCAUUGCAAGAGCAAGAAUUGGAAGAGCUGUUGAGAUCAUCUGCCGAGGUUCUUGGGAAAGGUAAAUAUGCAAGCACAUACAAGGCCGAGUUGGAUAACUCCACGUUGGUUGUAAAGAGACUGAAGAUUGAGGGUGUGCCAGAGGCAGUGUUCAAGAAACGGAUAGCAGCAAUAGGAGCAAUUGAGCAUGAGCUUAUAGUCCCACUACGUCGAUACUAUUUAAACAAGGACGAGAAGGACGCACUGCUGGUGUAUGAUUAUUUUCCCAUGGGUAGCCUAUCUUCAAAUCUUCAUGGAAUAACUUGGGAGACUCGGUCAGCCAUUGCACUAUCUGCAGCUCGUGCUGUUGCAUACAUCCACUCAACCAAUGCUACAGCAUCCCACGGCAACAUCAACUCCUCGAACAUUCUUCUUACAGGGAGCUAUGAGGCACGUGUCUCAGAACACGGCCUCAAGACUCUUGUCAGUUCCCCAACAUCAAUUACCAACAACGACAUUGCACAAAAGGAUGAUGUGUACAGCUUCGGUAUCAUACUUCUUGAGAUGCUCACAGGCAAGUUGUCAAUCAAAAGAUUCAAUUCCCAGGAGCCAGAUUUGCUCGAUUGGAUUCUAUCAGUCCCAGAUGAGCACUGGGCAGCGCAAGUAUUCGAUAAGAAGCUCCUUACAGAGAACAGUUCUGCAGAGAUGGUUCAUGUUGCCAAACUUGCAAUUCAUUGCUGUGAGAAGAAACCUACCUUGAGGCCAGUGAUGUCAGAAGUUGCUCAACAGAUUGAGGAAAUACUAGGUUCUAAAGCUGGGGAUAGGCAGCUUACCACCGGGCGGAGCUAGGCCCGCGCAGUGAAAGUUUCUGAGUUAUAAUAGCGCAGAGUUGUAGCAGCUAGGUCAUGCCUGUUUAACUCUAGCAAGCCAACGUCAAGUCUUUUUUUUUUAAAAGAACUAAGCAAGAGCACCGCCACGUUACUAUGUAAGUCUCCUUGCAAUCAGCACAGCAAGCAGCACGCCGCCACACAAUCCAUUGGAAGUCUCCAUUUCGACUCUUGCCCUUC